UGUCUCUCUGAAGGAACCCCGCCGAGAACCAGCUCUUUACUAUAUAAAAGGAGGAUGCAAUCCGCCUGCCUUUGAAAUGAAACCAAGGAUUUAUAGCGACUGGUUGACCGUAUACUUCAGAACAGAGAUUUCGGGCUUCGCAACAGCCGGCUGUGAUACUGACAGAAGCCGCCGGCAAGUUUGCGCACAGAGGAAUGUGGAAUAGUCACGUUUAUUCCUUUUUCCUUUAAAAAUACACAUUCUGAGGCUAUUUGGAUUUACGAAUGAACCGGGAGUUCUUCGCGUAUCAUAAGUGUGUUUGCACCUGGAACGAAGUGCGGUCAGUCGGAUGACCACACUGUACCCGGCUCGCGCUACGCAUAUUUUUUGAUGCAUAAAGAGUAAACGCAUGGAAAGAUGGCUGCAUUAAUCUUACCCAGGACUGAACAUUUUCUACAAGCUUUCCUACAGGACCGGACCCCCAGCUCUUCCCCCGAUGUGGGCCCUGGGGGCCCGACUCCGCUCGCUCUCCUGGCCCCCACCUGCGGGCAGGUUCAGCAGAUGAGCGGCGGCACCUCGUCGGAGGCCCGGCAGUUUCCGUACGAGGGGACGCUCGGCCCCGCCCCAGGAAUGUUCCUGUGGAGUGGGGAGGUGGCGGCUGCUGCCGGCACCACCAUAGCAGGCCACCAGGGGGCGUUCACCCUGCCCAAGCUCCAGUUCCCCCCAGCACCCAUCCAGACUGGGAUGGAGCACCACCGGCAGCACCACGAGUUCCCCCUCACUCCACCCGCCGAGCCCCCUGCCUCCUACGCCUUCGAGCUCUCCCCCGCCAAGGCUCUGCAGCCCCAGGGGCAGGGCGCUGGCCCCUACUACCCCCACCGGGGCCUGGACAUCAGCAGCUUCCUCCAGAGCGUCUCCCCCCGACUCCCCCACAACGCGGAGGACUGGUGGGGCCUUCCCCAGAUGGCCGCCGCUCCCACUAACCACCCCUUCCCCGUGGGGAGGCACCUAGUCCUGGGGCGGCCCCCUCCCAUCGCCGCCCUCCUCCAGGGGCCCCACAAGGGCCUCCUGAGCGCAGCCAGGCGGUGCCGAAGAUGCAAGUGCCCCAACUGCCAGGCCAGCGGGGGCAGCGCGGAGCCGGGCCAGAGGAGGCUGCACGUGUGCCACAUGCCCGGCUGCGGAAAAGUGUACAAGAAGACGUCGCACCUGAAGGCCCACCUGCGCUGGCACGCGGGCGAGCGGCCCUUCAUCUGCGGCUGGCCCUUCUGCGGGAAGAGCUUCACGCGCUCCGACGAGCUGCAGCGUCACCUGCGCACGCACACGGGCGACAAGCGCUUCGGCUGCCAGCAGUGCGGCAAGCGCUUCAUGAGGAGCGACCACCUGGCCAAGCACGCCAAGACGCACCGCGACAGGAAGAGCGCCUCCGAGACCCUUGACGUGAAGAAGGAGUAAGAGACUUAGGGGAAACAUUGGGGGGAAAGGUCGGGGGCUUUGUUUGCUGUGCUCAGAAGCUCGUUUCCACAGACCUGCCGUUGCUGGGCUGCAUUUUGUGGUGAUCGGGGUCUCACCUGGUGGAGUCGUACCUGCUGCCUGGGUGCUGGUCAAAGCUUCACAGCCGCACCGGCUGAAUCUCGGGGUCUUGUAAAAGAACAGGCCGAGGUCGCCUCUCAGGUGCUUUUCGUUUCCUCUC